ACUCACAAAACAGACGAUAACUCGUUGGAAAAGAUGCAGAAGAAGGUGGAUCACGUCAAUAAGGAAAAGAAAAAGGUCGAAAAUGUCAAAGGAAUGGUCGGUAAAGCGUUGCACCAUGAAUCCAGUCACACCAAAUCGGAAUAG